AAAAUCUUCUUCUCCCUUUUCUUCUCUCUGGCGGGAUGUACCACGGGGACAUGACUGAAAAGCUCAAGGUGCUCUACAAGCUGCACCUUCCCCCAGAGGCACUACCACAGGAAGAUCGGGAAGGAAGCAGAAGCGAGGAUACCCAAGAAAAGCGAGCAGAGGAGAAGGGGACCAGCCCCCCAGACUACCGACACUACCUUCGCAUGUGGGCCAAGGAGAGAGAGGCUCAGAAGGAGACCAUCAAGGAUCUGCCCAAAAUGAACCAGGAGCAAUUCAUUGAGCUGUGCAAGACGCUAUACAACAAAUUCAGUGAGGACCCCCUGGAGCAGGACUUGUACCACGCCAUUGCCACAGUGGCCGGCAGCCUCCGCAUCAGUGAGGUGGGGAAUUUCUUCAGUCCCAGUGUCAAGGAACCCACCUCAGAACCCAGUACAGGAGUGCCAGCCACGGGGGACCCUCAGUCACCUGCAAGGGAAUCCCGUCAGGACCCAGUACAGGAAUGCCAGCCAACAGCCACAGGGGACCCCUGGACCAAAGCUGGUGGAGACACCCACCUUGGAAAAGUGCCACAGGAGAGACAGACGGUGGUAGAGGGGGGCAGUGGAGAGGGGAAGGGCUCACCCUCCCAGCUCCUGUCUGAUGAUGAAACCAAAUACAACAUAUCCAUGUCCUCCUACUCAGUGGUCAGCAUGGGCUCCCUGCAGUGUGAGAACCCCACAGCCACUGCCCGCAUUGGGAACACCAUGGACGCAGACUGGUGCAUCUCCUUCAAGCAGAUCCUGGCCUCCAUCCUGCCGGAGUCUGUGCUGGUCAACUUCUUUGAGAAAAGGGUAGACAUUGGACUCACGAUCAAGGACCAGAAGAAAGUAGAGAGACAGUUGAGUGCCUCCAGUGAGCACAAGCCAUCUGUUGCUCUGGGCUGAGCCCCUUGGC